CCGUCACUGAAUGAUCGCCCCACAUUUCACAUCUUCGGCUUCUUCCAUUCUUCCAAGACCUAACGAAGUCAAGCCUUGUUAGUUACUCUGUGCGAAAAUGUUUUAAUAUUUUGAUCUCACGCCCACCAAUUCGGCGUCGCGAGAUGGACCUAUGACUACUCUACUUUCCCGAUGACUGAGGUCGCAACUACGUAGCAACUCUUGCCAGCAGUUCAUCAUGAAUCUACAGCGUUGUUGAUGGCCACCUGAGAAACAAUUACUUUGUUAGUGAAGAAGUGUCAGAAACAGAUCUUUGUAAGGGGAUAUUUUAAAGGAAAAACUUGAAUAUAAAGGAUCCCCAUUACUAUUACUAAAUGGUUGGUAUUUCGUAACCUAUUUUGUACCACAUUUUGAAGUUUGUUCAAUAAUACUGCUUUGUGUUAGUAGUGCUGGUUUUUGUACUUGGGUUUAACGCAAGUUGUAUUUCAAACAUGUGACAGAGUCGGAAAGAAACUAGAAAUGUCAUGAUGUAUAGGUUGGAGGCACUGCAACGCCUGCUAUGGAGGUAACGUAGGGUCCUGAGUGUGCGCGGAAAUAGAAACUCCUUGCCAUGGGUGACUCUGUAAUAGAGGAGGCCAUGAUUGCCUCCUCCCUGAUGGAAGACGCCAUCAUAGAUGGCACCUACGAUGAUUAUGCCGACAUGAGCUCGUUCAGUGCCAACUUGUGCGAUGUCGUUCAGGAGGACAUGGGGAUGUAUGAUGCUCCUGAUGAACAGGACAUGUACAAUAGCAAAACAAAGCGCCUGAUCUGUAAGAGGUGUGGGAAGGCAUUUAGGAAUAAGAUCUUGCUGAAGAAGCACACAGCCAUGCACACGAAAGAUAACGUGUUCGAUUGCGAAGAGUGCGACAAGAAGUUUAGCCGGAAGGAGAGCCUCACCAGGCACAUGCUGGUUCAUUCCGGCAUGAAGUUUUACGAGUGUUUCGAGUGCGGCCGAAUGUUCAACCAGAACGGCCAUCUUAGAACACACAUGCUUACCCACACCAAGGAGAAAAACUUUCAGUGUGAUAGUUGUAACAUGAAGUUUGCUCGUAAAGAUAAUUUGAAAAGGCACUAUCUCUUACACAGUCGUAAGAAGUCGUUCGAGUGUUCUAUCUGUGCAAAACGGUUUAACCAGAACGGACAUUUGGAGUCCCACAUGCUCACGCACACACAAGAGAAGAACUUUGAGUGCGAACAGUGUUUUAUGAAGUUUGCUCGAAGGGACACUCUCAAAAGACAUAUGCUUGUUCAUACCCGAGAGAAAGCCUUUGAGUGCGACAGUUGCAGUGCAAAGUUUGUUCAGAAUUCACACCUGAAAGCCCAUCUCCUCGUUCAUACCCGUGAAAAGAAAUUCAAUUGUCCUGAUUGCGACAAAUCGUUUGCCAGGAAGGGGAGUCUGAAGCGUCACAUGUGCGUCCACACAGGAGAGCGUAACUUUGAAUGUACAGAGUGCGGGAAGACUUUCGUGCAGAAGACUCACCUGAAUAAGCACCAGUCGAUACACUCUGGAACCAGGGACAAAAUGAACGACGAAAACGUCGACGAGUUCCUGGAGAACAUUAAUAAAGUGGAGGUUCAUAUCCUGAGUCCAUCCAAAGUGGGCAAGAAUGGGAAGCCCGUGAAGCGAAGAAAUAGAAGAUGUUUAAAAAACUCUCAGGCUGGAAAAGGGGGGGGAUCGAAGAAGGGAACGUCAAAUUCAGCGACUAACAAUUCGGUUAACACACAAGCUGGAGAGGCCUCCAAGGCUGACCCCAGCCUGUCUGCAGAUGGGACUGCCUGUAAAGUAAAAGAUGAGUCUGCAGCUGUAAGUAAGCCUGGCUCAGGAGGUAAGCCUGCCUCAGGAGAUCAGAAUGCCUCCAAAAAUCAGUCUGCGUCAGGAGCCCAGCCUGUAUCAGGAAGUGGGUCGGCUUCAGGAAAUCAGCCUGUAAGGGCCCAGCAAGGAACAAUGACGAACAUUCAACAGCAAAAUUCGCUUCAGCCUGUGGGAGUCAAUAACGUGCAUUGUCCCCCUGGUGAUGUGAGGAGUCCGCCAGUCAACAUCGAGUCUGAAAACCCGGAUGGAUCUCAGAUGCAACCCAACAACCUUCUGGCCAACAGCAAUUCAGUGAUGGCUCUGGCUCUGCUAGAUCACUUUCUAACUGGCAAUGAAUCUCAGGAGAAUGUAGCUGCGGCAGAAGAAUCCGGUGGGAAGGGAAAAGGAAAUAACCAGUGGGGUCAGAAGACACAGCAGGAGCUCCUGGCAGCCCAGACGCUGUCUGCAAUUGGCCAAAGAGCUUCGGUGGUGAAUGAGAACCACCAGGGCUACCCCCAGGCCCCAUGCAUCAAUCCACAAAUGCCUUCUUGUAACAUGCAGCCUGUUCCGCAGGGUGUUUUGGCUUCGGGACCUGCUGCUGCCAUGAAGAUCAGGCCCCCAGCUGGUGCCCAGUGGAUCCCCCAAGACAAAGCUCUCGUUCAUCCGCAGAACAUUGUCUACAAUGUUCCCCCUCCGGCCCACGAAAUCUUUCGAUACUACUCGCCCGCUAAUAUGCCUUUACAUCAUCCGUCGAAUCGCUAUCCAGACGGUUCGUGCAUUCCAGCUGACAUGCGAGCGACGCCCAGAAAGCCCAAGUAUCCACAGAAGGUGUUAUUGUCACCGGGAGAGUGGCAGCAGAUGCCGAUGCAUCCUGGCGGGAUGAACGCGACCAUGCCCAUGUACGCUCACACCAAACACCCUUCAGACCCGCCCCGCAUGUUAGACAGACCCUGAGAUCACUUUUGGGGGUGGGUGUAGGUUUCUUUAUAUGAUUUUUCAUCUUUAUUUUUCUAAUUAUGAUAAGUACGACCGACAUCAUCUUUACUUUUCGAAUGAACCGCAGCAGCCACAAAUUUGCAUGGUUUUUAUGGGUGACGGCUAGAAUCGUAUUUUUAUUAUUUUUUUUUAUUGACUUGAUUAUUUACAUCUCAUAUCACCAUCAUCUUCUUCUUCCUCCUUUUUAUAACUUAAGAUUUUGUUGAUUAUUUUGAAGUUGCUAGUAUAUUUUAAGUUUUUUAGUGUUAUUUAUGCAAUAAUUUGUUGUCCUGUGACAGAGAGAAUGGAUGGGGGAAAGUUGGAGUUGGCAGAGAGUGAUGGCAGUGUGUGUGUGUAUGUGUAAGUAUAUCUAUAUACAUGAUGUAUAUAUAUGUACGUACAUGUACAAAACCAGUACCGUACAGUAAGGUCAGUUCAUUCCUCAGUACAAUACUUGUUUGUAAAGGUACUGCUUGCUUUGAGUUUUAAAAAAAAGGAGACAUUGGUGUUGUAGUUAAACACUAGUGUUGUCAUGUAACUGGUCAACUUUUUUUUUUAUUCUUUGAAGGUGGUUAUUCCCUUGAAUAUAACACAGUUUUAGCAGAGUUAGGAGUUACGUUUAAGUUUGCUAGUUGACGUACUUGGUUACAAUGUAUAAAGUUUGAUGAUCCAGAUAUAAUACAAGAUUAAGUACAAGAGGUAUACCUUAGCGAAUUGUAAUUACGAAAUGCAAUUGAAGAUGACAGUAACUGUCCUUAAAAGCAUUGUAACUUUAUUUUUGAGACAUGUACUGUAUGUAGUUUGUUUAGACAUGACAUUUAAAAAAAUGCAGUUACUAACCAUUAACCAGAAUGGCUAUGCUAUUAUAUUGUAUUAUGUGACAGUUUUGCUUAGAAAAAUUUCUAAUUCUUCCACAUUAUUGUACUGAAAGUCUUGAUAUUGAUGUGGUAUUAAAAUGUCUAGCAAAAA